CGAGCGAGGCGGGCGUCCGCUGGCGGCCAGUGCAGGGUCCCGGGCUGGGGCCGGGGGAUCGGCGGUGUGCCGGGCCCGAGACCCGGGCCAGGUGGGGCCGCUCGCUGCCUCUAGCGCGCAGCGGCGGCGGCAGAAGCCAGCGAGGCCCGCGGGCAGAGGAGAGGCAGCCCAGCGGGUGGAACGAUUGGCUGGAUCGCGGCCCGGGGUCUGGCCCGCCUUCAACCAGCGCGAUGCUCUUCUCUCUCCGGGAGCUGGUGCAGUGGCUGGGCUUCGCCACCUUCGAGAUCUUCGUGCAUUUGCUGGCCCUGUUGGUGUUUUCCGUGUUGCUGGCACUGCGCGUGGACGGCCUGGCCCCCGGCCUCUCCUGGUGGAACGUGUUCGUGCCUUUCUUCGCCGCUGACGGCCUCAGCACCUACUUCACCACCAUUGUGUCCGUGCGCCUCUUCCAGGACGGAGAGAAACGGCUGGCCGUGCUCCGUCUCUUCUGGGUUCUUACGGUCCUGAGCCUCAAGUUCGUUUUCGAGACGCUGUUGUACCAGAAGUUGGUGGAGCAGACUCGGGAGCUCUGGUUUGGCCUGAUCACUUCUCCAGUCUUCAUUCUCCUGCAGCUGCUCAUGAUUCGCGCCUGCCGGGUCAACUAGCAUGCAGAGAGACUGGGGAGGGAGCCUGAGACAACUAGA